GGAAAUGUAGUGUCGCUGUAUCGGUAGGAACCGUUUUGAAAACGUUUUCAUGUUUAAAGAAACGGAGCGUUCGCGAGCUAGCUGAGGUCCAAAUGUCUGGAACUCAGGAGAAACCCGGGUUUUCUUUAACCAAGGCCGUGGAGGAUGUCAGCCAACAUGGCUUUGCCCAGACGGAGGCCCUGAAAGAGAACAAGAAAACACUCGCCUCCCUUCAGGCAACUCUCUCAGAUGUCAAGAGGAAAGGUAAGAUGGCAGAGCAGGAGCUGAGAUCUAAAGUGAGGACAUACCGAACGCUGGAGGAGGAACUGGAGCACCUGGACCUCCAGAGAAACGUCCUGGAAGGUCGCUGUGUAGCCAUCGGCAAGGAAAACACAGAGCUCCAGAUUGGUAUAACCGAGGAGGAGGAGAAAGCUCGCAUGGCACUGGCGAGGUUCAACACUUACCGAGACAAUAUGGCGGCUCACAGAGCAGCUGUUUUGCAUGUGGUGAGCCAGACGGAGGCCCAUAAAGAGCUGGAGGAGAAGAGAGCACUGGUCAGGAUGCUGACACAGAAGAAAGAGGAGCUGAAGAAAGAUCUGGAGAAUCCACAUGGAAACACGGUGCAAAUGACAAAGAAUGAAAAUGAUGCUCUGAAGAGGGAGAUCUCUGUGAGGAGGGAGACUAUCGUUGAGAAGAGAGAGCAAGUGCAAAAAGAGUUUGAGACUCAUACUCAGAUAAAGAAAGACAUAGAGAUCCAGAACAGGCGCUUUGAAGCCAUCCUCAAGCGCCUCUGCUGCCAACUGAGCAGGGCCCAGGCUAAUCGCAGAAUAUUUCUUUGCAGUGGCUGAAGCCCUUUGCAGCACACCGACUGGAUCUCCAUCCUGGUGGUAACUCUAUAU